AUGAGACGCUCUGUGGGCGAUGCCGCCCUUUCAAUCCUCCUGAUUUGGACAAGUGUCCUCGAUUCCAAGGCCUUCUCACAAGUCUUGGACCACCUUGCUUCAUCGGACUUCACCAUUUUGCUGUAUCGUUCAGUCUUUGAAAAGUUUGUUGAAUAUCGAAGGCUCGGCGAUAAUAACUAUGACUCUUCCAUCCCCCACAUCCGAGACAUCCUUGUCAAUGCGCCAAAAUUCAAACCGCUUUCCAUGGAUCGGACAAAUGACCUCUAUAGUUCUUACUGGGGAAUGGUUUCAACGGCCGGGAGAGCGGUCCCUGAAAUCCAGAUUAAUGGCAAUCUCAUCCACGCCUUUGAGGAGGUGCCCGAGGACUCACCACUGUUCACAAUUUUGGCUUUCAUCGUGGCGGUCACUAUUCUUGAGGAGCUUUGUGAAUACACCAUCAAAUUAAUUGUUGGUCCGAGGAUCAGACCAUAUUGGCGACUCCUCCAUGAAUGGUCAGGACGCACCUGGGAAGAUAUUGUCUUCGACCGUGGACAUGUCUCCGUCAUGUGGCUGAAGGAAAACGUUGGAAUCAUGAAUAACAUUCUUGGAGUAGCACUUCAACAAAAGAAGGGACGCGGGCUUCAAGUUCCACGCGAUGACUAUCAAAAGGAGCUGUCAAUGGACGUAUGCUCAUCGUUCUUGGCUUCAAUCCAGUCAACCAGUCUGGAACCCAUCAAGUUUCACGAUCUCCCUGAUAUUCAAAGAGGGCCUGAGAUCACAUUUACCCGUCUGACACCACUGCCAAUCGGAUAUCGAUGCUUGUAUCCUGAUACCGUCAUGGUGCCUGUAGGGAAUCAUCAUGGAGAUUUGGAAAUUUGA